ACUAAAUCGUAGCUAAAUAAUAUACAUUAUCCCCUUAACUUAUUGCUUAAUCGUGGUAAAGUUUUACACAAUCUGAUGUAAAUAUGCAAAAACAUGAACAAAUGACCAGGGUGAGGCACAUGCCACAAGAGAGAAAUGCUUCAAAAAGUCCCAAAUGGACGAACAGAUCAAAAAGGAGACAACUAGGAACUUUUUUACCCAUUUAUUUCUUGUGCAUAUACCCUAAUCAGUCCGGAAAAUGAUCAAACUGCUCAUUUGGUUUGCAUGUAGACUCACGCAGUCCUGUAUGUCUGUAUCCCCACUUUCAACAUGCAGUAGUGCAGGUUCCUAACACAAAUCUCCUGCUAUACAUGAGAAAUAUAUAUAUUGGUUUAUAGCAAUAUAUUGUUGCUACAUUCUCUUGCCAAGAUAUUGGUCAUUUUCUUUUCUAUUUGCCCCUUAAUCAAAUUCCGGCUUCACAAUCCACCAAAGAAGAGAGAAAACUAGUCCUAACAUUUGAGACAAUGAUAACAGAGGGCGUGAUACUGCUGGUAAGGGUGACGAUGUUAUUGGGGAUGAUAAAGUCAGUGGCCAGUGGACUCGAUAAGGUGGGCGGCAAGUAUGGCUGGACUCAGAACGUUAACUACACUGAUUGGGCUGUUCAUCGCCAUUUUUACGUGGGCGAUUGGCUUUAUUUUGUAUUUGACAAGCAUCUUUACAGCGUGCUGGAGGUGAACCAAACCAACUACGAGCAGUGCAUUGAUCAUGACUUUAUAACAAACAUUACAAGGGGUGGGCGAGAUGUUUAUCAGCUAACUCAGGCAAGACCUUAUUACUUUAUCAGCAGUGGAGGUUACUGUUUCCAUGGAAUGAAAUUACCUAUAAAUGUUGAACAACAACCUUCGCCAGCUUCUCCUGCACCUUCUUCAGCCAAAAUUAAUGCUUCUCCACCACAGAUUGGCAAACAUUUUAUUACACCAGCUGUUGCCUUUGUGGUUACUCUUGUUUGGGUACUCUUGUUUGCUCGUGCUAGAUCGUCAUGACUUUGUUGAACCAGUGAUGUAUGCAAGAUUUUAUCCAAACACAGUCAGUCUAUUGCCACAAUUCGACUUGUAAGUGUCUAGGACUAUGUAUGAUAUAUGGU